UCAGUUACACAGUUAGCUCAUGCACUUAAUUCUGAAAAAUUUGGCGACAGCUCCUUAGUUCGAAUCUUCUGGCCUAAAGAUCGUUGUCCUCUUUUACGAGACGAUGUUGUAUUAGUUGAUAGCCCUGGCAUUGAUAUAUCUCCAAAUCUGGACGAAUGGAUUGAUAAGCAUUGUGUAGAUGCAGAUGUUUUCGUUUUAGUAGCAAAUGCAGAAUCAACUUUAAUGGUGACAGAAAAGAACUUUUUUCAUAAAGUAAGUGAAAGACUUUCAAAGCCUAAUAUCUUCAUUCUGAAUAAUAGAUGGGAUGCCUCUGCUUAUGAGAUGGAGUUCUUAGAUAAAGUUCGAAAACAACACAUGGAUAGAAAUGUGAGUUUUCUUGUUGAUGAACUUAAAGUUGUGAGCCGCUCACAAGCAGAGAAUCGGGUGUUUUUUGUCUCAGCUAAAGAAGCAUUGCAAGCUCGACUAAUGCAACAAAAAGGAAAACCAGCACACUCUGGAGCUAUCGCAGAAGGCUUUCAAGCACGUUUUUUUGAGUUCCAAGACUUUGAGAGGAAAUUUGAAGAAUGUUUGUCAAAAUCAGCAGUUAAAACCAAGUUUGAACAGCAUACCCAGAGGGGCAAGACUAUUACUUUGAAUUUACGUAAAUUGCUUGAUGGUGUGCAUGAGAAAGCCACUAAAUUAAGGGCCCAAAAGAUGUCCCUUCGGAAAGAGCAGUAUGAUCGGUUAGAUUUUACUCAGCAGCAACUAAAUAUUCUAACUCAGGAAGUGAAGCAUCAGAUUUGUCAUAUAGUUGAAACUGUGGAGCAAAAAGUUGCUGGAGCUUUAAGUGAAGAAAUUCGAAGACUGAAUGUUCUUGUAGACGAAUUUGAGAGGCCUUUCCAUUCGGACAGCCUUGUAUUGAGUGUUUAUAAAAAGGAGCUUAAUAGUCAUGUGGAACAAGGUUUAGGUAGCAAUCUUAGAGGAAGAUUGUCUAGUCAAGUUCAAAUGGCUGUUGAAAGUGCUCAGAAAGAUAUGAUUGAUCGUAUGUCUUCUCUGAUACCUCCAGAACAUCGCCCAAAAAUGAUGAAUGUUUUACCUCGGCAUAGUUUUGAAGUACUUUAUCGUCUUAAUUGUGACAGCUUAUGCUCUGAUUUCCAGGAAGAUUUAGAAUUUAGAUUCUCUUUGGGGUUAGUGAAUAUUAUAAAAUGUUUUCUUGGCCCCAGCAGAUCUAAAAAGGUUCUUGGAAAAUCAGUUGAAUCAGUUCCAUGGCCUGUACCCAGCACACCACAAACUCCUAGCAAUGAAGUACAAGUUAUUACUCCAGCUCCAGAAUAUCUAGCUCUUCUUCAAAAACUAGCACUUUCAUCCCCAUCUUCUCAGACAGCUGUUGGCAUUUUAGCUAUUGGUGGUUUUCUUAUGAGAGCUGUUGGUUGGCGUAUCAUUGGAGCUUCACUUGCCAUUUAUGGUCUGUUGUAUGCCUAUGAAAGAUUAACUUGGACAAAUAAAGCUAAAGAAAGAUCAUUUAAAAAACAGUAUGUAAACCAUACGACUAGAAAACUGAGACUUAUUGUUGACCUUACUAGUGCAAAUUGCAGUCAUCAAGUACAACAAGAGCUGUCAAGUACAUUUGCUCGCUUAUGUCAUUUGGUUGAUGAAGUCAUAUCUGACAUGCAAAAUGAAAUAGGUGUUUUGGAUCAAGAUACUCAAAAGCUAGAUGAAUCUAGUGUUGCAUCUCGAACUUUAAGGAAUAAAGCUGAUUAUUUAUUUAGUGAAUUAGAAACAUUUAGUGAACAGUAUCUGCAGUAUGAUCAGUGAGAAACUUAGUCAUUGUUUGCAAGGUUGUAAUUAAAAUCUAUUAGUUGAUCGUAGAUAAUAUAUGCCUAUUCAUCAUGAAAAGAUGCAAUCUGUAGAUAACCAAAGAGAAAUCUUUUGGAGAUGUGUAUAAAUAUUCACUUUAUGUACAGUUUCAGUUUACUUUAUGAAAAGGAAUGUUAUUGCUUUUCUCAAGUGUUUGCAUGCAUUUUUAUCAUAAAUAUUUUCUUCAUUCAUAAUUUGUUUUAAUAAAUCUAAGAUAAAAAUUAAAAUUGUAUUAAGGCAGUUUGAAUUUUAGCUGCCAGUUUCAUUUUACAUAAUAUUAGACGAAUUUCAGCUGCCAGUUUCAUUUUACAUAAUAGUAGACAAAAGAUAAGUAUGUUGCUAUCAAGUAGUUAAUGCCUCAGUCUACUUGUUCUUUCUGAAAUUGUACUACAACAUAAAAUUUUCAUUUUCCAGUCAUAUGUCUUAAAUUAUUUAUUUGCUAGUUUUACUUGACUUAGAAUCAGAAUUUUAAAUUUAAUGGUAAUUUAAUAUUUAUUCCUUCCUGUGAUAUAUUAGAGACAUUGAUUUAAUAUGUAAUUGUUGUAUUUUUUCAAAUUAUAUACAGAAUACCUUUUUGAUCAGUUGUAAAUUGAAUGUGUAAUAUGUACUUUUUUGUGAAAUAUAUCCUCUUUUUAAAUUCAUUUUCUGAAAGUGUAUAUUUAAAUACUUAUAUAAAAAUUAUCUCUAUAAAAUAUGUAAUAUUUUAUGAACUAAAUGUACAAAAUAUUUUUGUAAAUUUUAUCAUUUCUUUAUAGAAGUGGCCAUAUAUAAAAUAAUCAUAUUGUGAAAAGAUAAAUUUUUAAACAAAACCAAUGAGUUACUUUUUGAUGUAAUGAUUGGCAAUGCUUUUAUUAAGGCAGAUGAAUAGCAUAAAAUUCUUCUCGUACAAUAUAUAUUUUUAAAGUUGCAUGUUUGUUCAAGUAAACUUAAGUUUUCUUUUUAUUUAUAUCAAGAGUUAAUUGCAUUCCGAACAGGUUUUACUAUUUGUUGAAGUAAUAAAAAUAUUUAAAAUAUAUCGGAUGUAAUUUUUCUUUGAUUCUUUUUCUCUUCUUAGUGAAUGACUGUACAAAUUUGAAAUAAAUUGUGUUACAUCUA